GCACCAUCUUUGAAAAAUGUGUCAGUUCAAACGGAAACCCACAAGCAGCAAGACGGAGUAAAGCUGUUCAGGUGAAGCCUUUCGGCCACUCUGUUGGUGUGAGUGUUGGUACAGGUACUGUCAGCACUCUGUCUGGAGUGUAUAUGUCCCAGGACAUUUUUUAAUCAUCAAAAGAACUUUCUCCAGCCAACAAUUUUAUGGCACUGGAGGACUGGACAAAACACAAUGCUGGAGAUGGCAAGGCAUUCUGGAAAGGCCGUUGUCUUGGGUGGUGACAUGAGAGCUGAUUCCCCAGGACACUGUGCCAAGUAUGGAAGCUACACGAUGAUGAACCUGGAAGACAACAAGGUGGUGGACAUUCAAUUAAUCCAGAGUAAUGAAGUGGGUGCAAGUCCACGCAUGGAACGCGAAGGGUUUUUGAGAAGCCUCCAGUUCCUGGAAUCAGCAGGGUUAAGGGUUGGUGCAAUUGUCACAGAUCGGCAUCCUUCGAUACAAAAGUAUCUGAGGGAGCAACGACCUGAGAUCCAGCAUUAUUUCGAUACUUGGCAUGUCUCUAAGGGUCUCGCCAAGAAGAUCGAUGCACUAGGGAAAGAGCGUAGUUGUGGAGAGGUUCUGGCCUGGAGGAGAAGUAUCAUAAACCACCUUUACUGGUGUGCAUCCUCUUCCAAGACAGGCACUAAAGCUUGUGAACGGUUUUGCGACCUGAUGAUAAACCAGCGACUCCUGAAAGACGUGUCAAAACUGAGUCCUCACCAUCAGACCUCCACAGUUGAAGGCUUCCAUAGCCUGAUAUUGAAAUUUGCUCCGAAAAAUGUGGCAUUCUCUUUUGUGGGAAUGUUGAACAGGUUGCACCUUGCUGCUCUUCACUAUAAUGAAAAUUCCAAUCGCGAGUAUGCAUGCAACCGGAGUGGUGAACCGUCUAUCAAAGUGAAAUGGCCAAAAUACAAAAAGGGGGAUCAUUCCCUUCACUACACAAAAACAGCACCAACCUACAACUACAUGGAGAGUCUGCUAAGACUGUUUUUUGAGGAGGUGGUCAUCAAUCCUGUCCCUUACCAAGAGCAGAUUAAUGAACUGAAGGUUCCAGACCACUUAUGUGCUGCCUUUGACAAGCCCGACCUACAGGAAUCUGAAGUCAGACCCUGGUCCCGUUUUACACCGAUGGAGUAGGAGCAGGUUUAGAUUGUGUGUGUGUGUGUGUGUGUGAGAGAGAGAGAGUGUGUGUGUGUGUGAGAGAGUGUGUGUU